GUGCGCGUGCCUGCAUACAUCAUUGUGUGCAUUGGUUAUCAUGAUACUCUCCUGGAAUCCACCUCAAAACAAAAAUGCUAUCCCAUAGCAUGACCCCCGCCACCAACAUCCCUCCCUUUGCAGUCCUUAAACAAGUAAGCCACAGGUGGACCUUGGACUCCUACUGUAGGUGAAUUACUGUGAGAAUGAUAAUGGAUUUUACAAUCUGGUGUGGCUUUGCAUGCGUGGGUGUAGUGUCUCCAGUUGAGACAUCAACAUGGGAGGGGGGCUAAAGUCCUGGCGUGUGUCACCUCCAUGGACUCUGGAGCCAGACAAUGACAUCAUGCUCAGCCUGGUUUGUCCAACCGCGCUUGUCAUUCCUUCAGUUGAAGGUUAUAUUUGUGUUCGGGACUGAGGAGUUGAUUUGGUUUUUGAUUCCCUCCUGGCUGCACCUGAAGAGGUGAAGGAUGAGGGGUCUGAGAUGUUGCCUGCUAGCGCUGCUGGCUACACUGCUUGGUGGAAGAGGAGCAGGGUGUCAGCCCAUCCAGGCCGGGAACCUCCACCUGUUAACCACGGAGGAGCACAAACUAGUGCUCAACCGCCAAAUGAAAGGAGUGCUGCCCAGGGACUGCCAUGAGAUGCUGAUGGCCUCAUCGGGCCAGGCCAGAGACGGCGUCUACCUGAUCCAGCCGGGGCGGUUCCCCGUCCUGGCGUCCUGCGCCAUGCAGGCGGGCGGCUGGACCGUGGUGCAGCACAUCACCGUCAACAGCAGCGUGAGCUUCGACCGCACCUGGGCCGAGUACCGGCAGGGCUUCGGCUCCCUGACGGGGGACCACUGGCUGGGGAACCAGCACCUCCACGACCUGACCCGGGGGCCCGGGCGCUACACGCUGGGGAUCAACCUGGUGGAUAAAGACGGCGUCACCAAAGCCGGGGAGUACGACCCGUUCCUGAUCGAGGACGAGGCGGCGGGCUUCCGUCUGAGGCUGGGGCUGUACCAGGGCACGGCGCUGGACGCCCUCACGCAGGACACGGAGAACUACCUGCACGACAACCAGAGGUUCACCACCAAGGACCGGGACAACGACAACUACUUCCAGAACUGCGCCAAGCUGGAGUUUCAGGGCGUGGCGGGGGGGGGCUGGUGGUACGACGCCUGCGCCGGCGCCAACCUCAACCGCAGGAACGUCAUCUACUGGCAGAAGGACUGCCACAAGGAGCACCUGUGCAAGUACGCCUGGAUGAUGGUGAAGCCCUCGGAGACGUUGAAGCUGGUGCACACCGGAGAGUGCCGGAAGGACGAGCUGUAGAGGAAGAGGAUGGGCGGCUGACCCCUUCGUAGGGCUGGAACAUUGGUACGUCACAUCGCAAUGACAGCCCCCAUUUUGCGAAGAAUAGGAGCAUAGAAAUGUUAUGUCUGUGGCAUUUUUGUGUUUGAAACUCCCACAGAGUUACUCCUGCAAAGCAACGUUUUGAUGAGCCUAGGUUACACUAUAUUUAUGUUUAUUUUGGAUUUGUCAUUACCACAACUCUCUCGAGGCAUCGAGAGUAUUGCCAACAAAAAAUCCCAUAAGGCGUUCUGAUGUACAAGCCCUAUUGAGACGCUUAAUGUCGUAUUCAUAAAUGCUCAUAUUCUGUCCAUAACCUAGCAAUACUGUAUCCGAUGAUGUAUCCCAAGAGGGUUUGGGGGGCUCUGAUGUUAGCACAUCCUAAAUUAUCUUAUCCUAACCCUGACCAGAUCAGCGGUUUCAAUAAUUUGAGAUGGUUGGGUCAUCUAACUCAUUAUUCCAAGUUACUCUUGCAGCUAAUUGAUUAGCUAACGGAUGAAAAUGUAAAUACAGCAGGAACCAUAAUUAAAAUCGUUUUUUUAUGAUGAGGAGAAGGAAGAGGUGAAGGAGUUGGCAUUUUGGCUAUUGUAAGGCCUCAUUUAUAAAGGAACAAUGCUAACUAUCUUUUAGUUCAACAUUUUAUUCAAAUACCAAAUAACAUGAUCACCGAAUACCCGAAAGGGAACAAAGGAUAAUUUCGUCCAUCAAAAAAUAUUUUACCUCUUUCACUCAGAUUUGUGGUUCAUCACAGUUAAUAUUGAAGCGUACCUUGACUGUGCAGCUUAUUACACAAAUAGACAUACUUUGCAGAUAAUUAGGCAAUCCCAUUUAAUACUUACGGAAGCUUUAAAUCCUUAAAUGUACAACAUUUAUAAAAUAAAAUUACUUGGCCAGUACUUCCUUUGCUAUGUUUUUAAGACUGUAAUUUUAAUAAAAAACAGUUUCUUUAAAAAUGGAUUUGGAUUGCAAGGAAAAAAUAAAAGAUUUCUUCAUUAA